UCAAGCUCAGCCGUGCCACGUGAGCAGAGCAGGUAGCCCAGUUCAUCCGAACCUUCCCUAGUAGAGCCAGGCCUCGUUUCGCCAAGGCGAUCACCUCCGCCAGGGGGCGAGAGAGUGGCCGCUGGAGUCGGCUGGCUCCCACUCGACCCAGCGCCGCCAGGGAGCAGACAAAGAGGCCCGGCCUCUCUGCCUUCCCAUCCCAGCUUGCACGCUUGUUUCUUCGGCAUCCUCCAUGCCUGCGCUGCUCCCGUUCGCUCGCCGCUCGGUCCUCGCCGGCGGCGGCGACGCAAGGUGCGCUGGGGAGCGAUGAGCCGCCGCCGCUGCUGGGGCGUCUGGCUGGCGGCGGCUGCACGAUGGCCGGGCGGCGCGGGAUGCUGAAGCGCAAGCCCAACUUCACGCUGCAGGAGAUCGACAUCCUCAUGAGCGAGGUGCUCAAGUACGAGCAGCUGCUCUUCGGGGCCGCCUCCACCAACGUGAACGCCUACGAGAAGCAGAAGAUCUGGUGGCGCAUCACCAACAAGAUCAACGCGGCCGGGCGCAACCAGCGCGACAUCGGCGAGGUCAAGAACCGCUGGCGAGGCCUGCGACGCCGCGCCAACGACAAGAUCGCCCGGCACCGCCUGCAGCGCCAAGCGCAGCCCCCCGCCGAGCGCCCCCACCCCACCCUCCUGCAGGGCGGUGGCAGCGGCGAGCCGCCCAGCCGGCCCGAGCUCGGCCCGGAAUGGUGCCUGCACGGCGUGUGCCCUUUGGACACGCCGCCGCUGGGCACCAUGGAGGUGGUGGCGGCGGCGGCGGCGGCGGCUCUUCAGGGUGUGAAGGAAGAGCCAGUGAAGGAAGAGCCAAUAGAUGUGAAGUCAGAGCCAUUCCAUCCUCUUCCAAAUGAGGCCGUCCAUCAGCGUGUGACCCGGGGGGCUGAGAGGCGGCUGCUCAGGAGCUCUUGCCGUGCUCCUGAUGAUCCCUGUGAGGGCUGGAGCAGAAGCCCCCCAAAUUCCUCACAGACUGAACUCUCAAUCGGUGAGAUUGGGGGACGGCAAGAGGCUCUGAGUUUGGAUUAUGCAAGCAUCACAUUUGACCAGGAGUCACCAGAUGGGCACCUGACUGAUUGUAACAUGGGAGAUAUGGUAGCUCCUAUGACUGUGCCACUUCAGGAAGGGCUCUCAGAAAGCAGCCACCUUAGCCUAGCAGAGAGGCGGAUUGUCCAGUCUAAUGAGCAGCUGGUACAGGAAGUGCGUGCCUUCCGGCAGGAGUACACUGAAAGCCGCAGGGAGACUGCCUCAAUCUUGCACAGCAUUGCUGAAGCCCUGAGUGGUGUCUGCAGCAGCCUGUCCGAGAUCCGGGAUCUCUAUCUCCGUCAGCAGGUGGUACCCAAGCAAUGAGUGUUUUACCAGCAGAAGAUGCUGAGCACCUCUUGGUGGAUACACCCUUUCACGGAUAGGUAUCAGCUACUCCAGAAGUGUCUGUAUGGACAAGCAUUCCUUCAGCUACUGAAGAGAGAUAUUUUUGUUUGUUUGGAGGACAGAUUCUGCCUUGAUGUUUCCUUAUUUCCAGCUUUCCAUUCCCAGUUCAAUAAAUCUGCGAAAUGGA